CAGACCCCUCGGGACCCCGGGCGGAUCGCCUGUCCGCAGCACCCCGGGCCGGGGGCACGGCGCUGCCAUCGCUCCGGAUUGCCGCCCGCGGCGGGGGGCGGCGCGGAGAAGCGCCGGGCGCGGUUGGGGGGCGCUCCCAGAGGACGGGGCGCGGCCGUCGGAGGUGGGCGCUGCGCGGCUGCGGGCGCUGCUCCCGCGCGGUGCCGCCCGGUGCCCGCCAUGGCGGAGCGGAGCGCCGAGCCGCUGCCCGCCUGCUUCGCGGGUCUGGGCGCGGGCAGCCCCCGUCCGCGGCAGAAGCGCGGCGGGAUGUUCUGCAGCGUGGAGGACGCCUUCGACAACAAGACGUUGGAUUUCCCCUCGCUCGGCGGCGGCGGUGGCGGCCGGUCCCGUGCCUCCGCGACCCCGUCCGACGGCAACGGCAGCCCCGCGCCGCCGCCGCGCUCUCCGGGAGCCGCCGCCGCGGGAGGGACGCCCGACGGCUGCAGGAAGAGCGAGCAGCUUCUAAUCAAGGGCGGCAAAAUCGUCAACGACGACCAGUCGUUUUAUGCCGACAUAUAUGUGGAAGAUGGGCUAAUAAAACAGAUUGGAGAGAACCUGGCUGUUCCCGGCGGGGUGAGGACGGUGGAUGCCUACGGGCAGCUGGUGGUGCCGGGCGGCAUCGACGUGCACACGCGGCUGCAGAUGGCCGUGAUGGGGAUGGCCUCCGCCGACGACUUCUACCAAGGCACGAGAGCGGCCCUGGCGGGAGGAACCACGAUGAUAAUGGACCACGUGCUGCCCGAGGCCGGGACGAGCCUGCUGGCUGCCUACGAGCAGUGGCGGCAGCGUGCUGACAGCAAGGCGUGCUGCGACUACGCGCUGCACAUCGACAUCCCCCGCUGGCACGAGAGCCUGAAGGAGGAGCUGGAGGCGCUGGUGAAGGACAAGGGUGUGAACUCCUUCCUGGUUUACAUGGCUUACAAGGACAAGCUUCAGUGCACCGAUGCCCAGAUGUAUGAAAUAUUCUGCAUUAUUCGAGACCUGGGGGCCGUAGCCCAAGUGCACGCUGAAAACGGAGACAUCAUCGAAGAGGAGCAGAAGAGGCUGCUGGAGCUUGGGAUCACGGGGCCGGAGGGGCACGUCCUGAGCCGUCCCGAGGAGGUUGAAGCAGAGGCGGUGUACCGUGCAAUUACAAUAGCAAAACAAGCCAACUGCCCCUUGUACGUCACGAAAAUAAUGAGCAAAAGCGCAGCGGAUGUAGUAGCUCAAGCGAAGAGAAAAGGCACUGUGGUGUACGGCGAGCCCAUCACUGCCAGCCUGGGCGCCGACGGCUCGCACUACUGGAGCAAGAACUGGGCCAAGGCCGCGGCCUUCGUCACCUCGCCUCCGCUCAGCCCUGACCCCACCACGCCGGAGCACCUCGCCUCCCUGCUGUCCUGCGGGGACCUGCAGGUGGCAGGCAGCGCUCACUGCACGUUCACCACCGCCCAGAAGGCCGUGGGGAAGGACAACUUCACCCUCAUCCCCGAGGGGACGAAUGGCAUCGAGGAGAGGAUGUCGAUGAUCUGGGAGAAGUGCGUGGUCUCAGGGAAGAUGGAUGAGAACGAUUUUGUGGCGGUGACCAGUACAAAUGCUGCCAAAAUCUUUAACUGCUACCCCAGGAAAGGGCGAAUCGCGGUGGGCUCUGAUGCAGACUUGGUCUUGUGGAACCCCAAGGCUACAAAAAUUAUCUCUGCAAAAACCCACAAUUUGAACGUGGAGUACAACAUCUUUGAAGGCACAGAGUGUCACGGGGCUCCUGCUGUGGUCAUUAGCCAGGGGAAAGUUGUUCUUGAGGACGGGAACCUGUUUGUCACCGAGGGCUCGGGUCGCUUCAUUCCUAGAAAGACGUUCCCCGAUUUUGUUUAUAAAAGAAUAAAGGCAAGGAACAGGCUGGCUGAGGUGCAUGGUGUCCCGCGGGGGCUCUACGAUGGCCCGGUCCACGACGUCGUCCUCAGCACCAAAACUGGGCCCCCCACCGCGGCCUCCAGGAUUGCGGCCUGUGCCGGCAAAGUGCCCGCCGUGCCCGUGCGCAACCUGCACCAGUCAGGGUUCAGCCUGUCCGGUAAGUGCGGGCAGGGGCUGUGCGCGGGGCAGGGCUCGGAGUGGACGUGCCUCAUUUGUUCCAGCUGCUUCAGGGCUGAGUCUCACAGCUCCAUUCUCAGGACCGAGCACGAAAACCACCUCCACCACCCCGUGCAGCCUCCUCACAUCCACCCCAAAUCUCCCCCUUCUAUUUAAAGCCGUUCCCCCUUGUUGUCUUCUUGUCAGACUAUGCUUCUUUUAGAAGCCCCCCAUUAAAUACCAGAAGGCCACGCAGUCAUUUACACUGUACUGUGCUAACACAGCAUCCGAAUCGAUUUAUAGGAAGACGUGGGCUAUUGCCCAAUAGGCCUUACAGUCGCUGCAUGUGCCACCAGGGGCACCUCGUGCGCUUACGCUCUGCUGCUGCUCUCCCCAGGCUCGCAGGCUGAUGACCACGUUGCCCGGCGCACGGCCCAGAAGAUCAUGGCCCCUCCGGGCGGGCGCUCCAACAUCACCUCCCUGUCCUGAUGCUGCUCCCGCGGUGCCGGCACGAAGGGCACGGCUGGUUCCCUCCAGCUCAGGGUGGAAGUGAGGUGUUGGUCAGGUGCCCUGGGCCCCUUCUUCUCUUAGGUAGAAAGUAGAUGAAGCCUGCCCCAGAGGUAGCUCGCCCACCUGUCUGUCUCCCAGUCC